AUGUCUAUUCACAACCAUAACAAACCAUGGCUUCGGGGGGCAGAGGAAUUCAGGGGCCAGAGAUUGCUUCCCCACGUCAUCGACUAUCAUGCCCAUAAUGAGCCCAAUCGCGUAUUCAACUCCAUGCCAAGAACGCAAAAUAUUGCGGAUGGCUUUCGAGAUGUCGACAUGAAGACAAUGGCUACCGCGGUCAACUUUAUGGCCUGGUGGUUAGAUGGUCAUUUCAAGGAUGUCCCUAAAGAGAAGAAAGUUCUAGCAUAUGUCGGAGUACCAGAUAUCCGAUAUCCCGUUCUUUUGUUCGCAGCAAUUAAAGCUGGAUGGACGACAUUCUGGGUAUCACCUCGAAACCCGCCUGACCACAACCUGUAUUUGCUGCUUGAGGCGAAAGUUAAUCUUGUUCUCUACGCCGAUUUAAUGGAACCGGUUGUGAAAGGCAUCCAGCAGCUUAACUCCACAGCUCAGAUACCCUAUACGGUGGUGCCAUCCGUGGAUGAAGUACUGAAUGGCCAGUCCCCUCCGUACCCUUUUGAUGUUUUGUUUGCGGACGUCAAAGACGAAAGAUGCCUUGCUAUGCACACGUCUGGGUCCACAGGUACACUCCCCCCUCUCAAAGCCUACUAG